AUGCCUGGUGUCAAACGUACAACAAAAACAGUAUCUUCUACAGAACACAACGAUGAUGAUGAUUUUAUUUCAACAGCUGAUAAUAUUAAAAAAACUCGUAGUAUGAAAUCAGAUGAUCAAUCAACAGAAUUAAAAACUUUAAGUCGACAACCACUACGAAAACGUAGAGAAAAAUUAUCAAAAACUGAACAAGAUGAACUUGAUUUAGCACUUAAACUUUCGAAAGAAACAGUACAAUCAAAUGAAACUUCAAUUGAAAUUCCAAUUAGUACUGAUGAUAAAGAAAAUUUAAGUAAUACAUCAACAGUAUUGAGUAAUGAAAGUAAAACAACAAUAGAAAAAGAAUCUGAAGAACAAGAUGAAAAUUCAUUACCAAAAAGUAAACGAAUCAAACUAGAUGAAGAAGAAGAAAAUAUUGAUGAAAACGAAUCAAAUAGUGAAGAAGAAGAAGAAGAAGAAGAAGACAUUGACGAAGAAGAACAAGAACCAACAUCACGAAAAAAAUCGAUCCGUAAAACAGAAAAAAACAAGAAAAAUUCUGAAAUAUCAACAGUAACAUCAAGUGAUUGUCGAAAAAUCACACGUGGUCAACAAAAAUCUUCAGUGCCAACGAUGGAUCUUUCAAAGAAAAAAUCCAAUGUACCAUUAGGUUUUCCAACAAAUAAAAUAAUUAUUCCAUCAUUACAAACAUCUCGUGUUGGUUUAUCACGUAAAAUUUCUGUUAUAAAACCUCUUCAUCCUAAACUUAAUCAACGAGCUAUUCAUGAAUAA